AUGGCUGCAAGCAAGCAUCGCCGAGGCAACACUGACCAAUUCGCAUUGUACAACGCUGCUGUUGGUGGCCGCCUCGACACGUUGGAGACGGACCUUGGUACAGCAGGCAUCUCAGCAGCCACCCUCCAUGUGAGUAAUCCUGGAUACUCAUCCGUACACUCCCUCCCAUCCCCCCUUCCCUCCUCGCACAUUCCCCUCUCCUCUCUGGCCCGCCACACUCCCUCCCAUCCCCCCUUCCCUCCUCGCACAUUCCCCUCUCCACUCUGGCCCGCCACACUCCCUCCCAUCCCCCCUUCCCUCCUCGCCCAUUCCCCUCUCCUCUCUGGCCCGCCACACUCCCUCCCAUCCCCCCUUCCCUCCUCGCCCAUUCCCCUCUCCUCUCUGGCCCGCCACACUCCCUCCCAUCCCCCCUUCCCUCCUCGCCCAUUCCCCUCUCCUCUCUGGCCCGCCACACUCCCUCCCAUCCCCCCUUCCCUCCUCGCCCAUUCCCCUCUCCUCUCUGGCCCGCCACACUCCCUCCCAUCCCCCCUUCCCUCCUCGCCCAUUCCCUUCUCCUCUCUGGCCCGCCACACUCCCUCUCAUCCCCCCUUCCCUCCUCGCACAUUCCCCUCUCCUCUCUGGCCCGCCACACUCCUUCCCAUCCCCCCUUCCCUCCUCGCACAUUCCCCUCUCCUCUCUGGCCCGCCACACUCCCUCCCAUCCCCCCUUCCCUCCUCGCACAUUCCCCUCUCCUCUCUGGCCCGCCACACUCCCUCCCAUCCCCCCUUCCCUCCUCGCCCAUUCCCCUCUCCUCUCUGGCCCGCCACACUCCCUCCCAUCCCCCCUUCCCUCCUCGCCCAUUCCCCUCUCCUCUCUGGCCCGCCACACUCCCUCCCAUCCCCCCUUCCCUCCUCGCACAUUCCCCUCUCCUCUCUGGCCCACCACACUCCCUCCCAUCCCCCCUUCCCUCCUCGCACAUUCCCCUCUCCUCUCUGGCCCGCCACACUCCCUCCCAUCCCCCCUUCCCUUCUCGCACAUUCCCCUCUCCUCUCUGGCCCGCCACACUCCCUCCCAUCCCCCCUUCCCUCCUCUAACACUUCUGUCUCCUCUCUGGCUGCACCACCCCCACCUGCAGGUCUACACCGGCGUGGCGAUUCCAGGCGGCCCUCAAGAGUACCACUCCAGGGUCACUCACUUCAUUCGUGCAAACCCGUCACACCACGGCAACCCGUGGUUCUCCCAUGUGGCCAUUAG